CGGUUAUAACAUUCGCAGUCUUUGCUUUAUUAAUCGCUAUAGCUGUUGGGGUCCAAGCUGUGUCUCAUUCAUCCUUCGUCAACCUAUGCAAGGAUAAAGGCCGCCAUCUGACGUAAAUGCAAAAGAAAAACAGUCUUAAAGCACUCAAAGAUGGAUAGAACUAGAGGAGAGCAGAGCAAAUCCAUGUUGUAUAGUUAUUAUACCUUGGCUCAUGCCAUGACACCUCGACGAAAUUCACCUACUCACGGAAAGCCUGCAAGAAAAUAUGACAUAGAGAGUGGCGAUGAGACAGACAGGAGCGUAGAUAACGAGGUUAUCGAGUCAUUUUUCAUGGACGAAAUAAACGAGAACACAGAAUCUUGCUCGCUGAAUUCUAGUCGAGAGAAUCUUUUGGAUGGAGAGCCUGUCAAGGAGACGAAGCCGAAUAGCAGACCAGGCUCUGCAAGGAGAGCGUCAUACAGAAACCCUGAGCUGCCUGUUGAUGAGAGAAUAAAAGUUUUGGAAGAGGGCUUGAAAGAAGCGGAUAUGGAGCGUGAAGUAGUUUUGUCAUGUCUCGGGAAAGAGUAUCUUGAAAGGAUUACAAUGCAAAAUUGUUUGCAAGAAAUCUGCUCAAAAUCAGGCUAUAGUUACGAGGCAGUCGUUUCCAACAUUGAAGCGCAAAGUGGAGCAAAAAACAUUUUGGAGAACAUUAUUGAAACAAGGACAAAAGCUUUGUUGGGAAGCAAAGAAAGACAGAAUGAUACGUCAGAAAAACCACAGAAAUCAAAUGAUAACCAGGGUAUUAGUGAAGGAGAAUGGGAUUGUACUAAAACAGUACCAAACAGUAGACACUCGGAGGUGCUUUUGGACAAAGCAAAAGAGGAAAGGUUAAAAGAGGUCCUAAUGAAAUUCACUCAAGCUGAGAAGGAGAAGGUAAACACAGGAUUGAACAGAAAGAAUGAUAGACAUGAAAAUUCCCACACAGAUGAAACAAAGGGCCCACCAAAAGGUAAACAGAGCUUUUUAUCAGAAACCACGGCCAAUGAUAACAGCAGUGUGGAGAAUAAAGAAGCAAAUUCAGAGAUUGAUAACAAAAGUAUUGUUUUUAAUGACCAAUCACAGCCCAAGAUUUUUGACUCAUUGAAAACAAGUAAAACAACUAGAUACAACUUUGAAAAGACCUCUGAAAGUUGUAACCCAGGUCGAGCAAUUGAACGGUCGUCUUUGACAGAGGAGAAAAGAAGCAAUUCUAAAGAUUCUGAAUUAUCAGGUAAACACACCAGUUUGAGCAUGCCAGAAAAAUCUGAGAGAAUAACACUUAACAGUGGCAACUCGAUUUUGAGAAGCAUAGAGCUGAAAGCAAAAGGUUCCUCAGAAAGAAAUAUAGAUUCCAUUGAUGAAGGAAUAUUGAUGAUAAAAACAUAUUUAUCAGAGCUGAAGGAAGAGAACAAAACCUCUAGCCAAUUUUCUGGUGUUGAACAUCAAAUUACCAAUCAGGGGAUAAAGAGAAGCUCUCUUUCUCGGGAGUCUCCAGAACGUAGCCGCAAAUUUUCAUUAAAUGAAACAAGGAGGGUCCAGCCAGAACUCCAUGAUUUGCCGCAGAGAAGGAGCAGCUUUUCUGAAGGAACGAGUAUGAAUAAGGGAAAACAGACAGAACAUAAAUCAACCGUUGAAAGCCGGCUUUUCAAGCCUACGGUUUCCAGUAGAAAUAAGGUGAAAGAUAGAUUAGCCCGCAAAGACACGGAAAGCGAUACGGAGGGAGGCAGAAAACGCAGUGGACGCAGCAAAAAGGCAGGUGGGCUGAAACGUAGUACAUCGGAUGUAAGGCACGGCCCAAAGCGACAGUUUUACAGUUACACAUCGGCCGAGGAGGAUAGCUCUAUUGACGGGGACACAAUGGAGCGAAAGGAUCUGGAAGAUGAGGCGAAUCCGUUACACUUCGUAUACGAUAUCAGCCCAGAAGUGAAAAAUCGCGAACACGGUAAAAUAAUGACUAUUCUUUCGAUGCUGCAAGAUCAGAAACGAAAUUGGGAAUUAGAAUCGAAAGCGUUAAAAGAAAAACUGGAUGCUGAAUGUAAACUAAGGUCGGACUUAGCCCAUGACAACAAUGUUUUGCGCAAAAGUCUAGAAGCAGCCAACCAUGCGAUCAAAGAAAUUAAUUCUAAAGUUCAAGAAUUGAAACUAACAAUCGUGCCAUUGAGAGAGGAGAAUUCGAAGCUGCGAGAGCAGAAUCAGAAUGUAAAAGCAAAACUUGACUUACUGCGUAAGGACAAAACAAGCAUGAUGCAGGAACUCCAAGAAUUACGACAGUCGACGAAUCGAUUUGAAGAGAGGUUGCAAAUAAUCAGUGAUCUAUACCGCAAUGGGAGAUUAAAUCUUGUUGAUCAGAACAAUAACUCGCAAAAGGACUCUGAAUCAGCGAAUGUGGAUUUGAAGAUUCUGCUAGAAGUUUCUAAUGAUAGCGAGGAGCUUGGUAAAUCAACUGUGUCAGCCAAAAGGUCAAACCGAGGCCGAGACAGUUUAAAAAGACAUAGUUUUCAUGGAUUUGAAAGAAUUGACGAGUUGGCAGGAAAUGCGGAGGAGCUGUUGGCAGAGAAAGAGAAGGUUGAACAAGAAAACGAGAGUCUGAAGAAGGAGUUGAUUGAAAUGCGAGAAAGAAUCAAGGCAGAAAGAGAAAAUGACAAUGAAUGCGAGAGUGAUUCUGUUAAUCGUAGAAAGGGGUGGCGCAUGCAGCGGGAGGAGAGCAAGCACAGAAUAAUUCGAGAAAUUUUGAAAACAGAAUCAAAUCAGGUAUAUGGAAGGCCAUAUGCAAGCUGUACAGACCUAACUCUAGAUGAUAAAGAGGAACGAGCAAAGAUGGAAAUGCUAGCAUUAAAACAAAGUGAGUACAACUCAAGAAAAAGAAAUGAAGGUAAAGGGGGCAAGGGCGGGAUGAAGGAGAAUGAAACCGAUCUAACGGCAAAUUCAGGAGGGCUCUCGUUUACAGUAAAAUUCGAGAAGAAAGAUGAAUCGAAAACAGGUAUUUCAUGGAAGGAAGAGAGUGAGAAAAUCAAUAAACGUCUUGCAACCUGCAAAUUUGAGAAAUUGAAGCCAAAAGAUGUUGAUCAGACUGAUAGGGGUUUGGUGGAACAAAAAAAAAAGGAUAAAAGACAAUCCUCCCAAGCUUGUGUGACUUCAGAUGACAAUAAAACUAUUUGUAACAAAGAUACAGAGAAGAUUAGUGAAGAAUGGAUACAAAAUACUGAGGAAACAGUCACUAGUUUGGAGGCUGAAUACACGUCAGAGCAAAGAAAUACUUUCAGCUUCACCAGCCCUUUUAAAGGACCUGUUGGAAGUGGAUUGGAAGAGGACGUUAGCCGUGUUGAGGCAAACGGUAGCUCUGCCUAUAAUGAAAAUUCAGGGAAAAGAAACGGAAAUGGCUCUAAACAAAAGGAGGGCUUGUUUCAUAGUCCCCAAUGGCCACUUGUAAGAGAAAAAAUCCAAGAAAUUUACAAACAACCAGUGGAAAUAUUAGAGCAGUCUUUUGUUUGGAAAGGGUCGGAAAAGAGGGACACCAGCUCAAGGGGCCAGAGUAUAAUGCCAAACGUCGAACGUCAUGAGUGGAGACGUACAAAUGAGCACCAAAAUGAGGCUAAGCAUUCUAUGAUAAGACCUGAGAGCAACUCUUUCUCCAAGGCAACUAGAGUGAAUGGUGAUGUAGAAGAUGGCAAGGAAAGACCUCGUAUCAGAGACGAGCUGCUGAUUAGAGAAUAUGGCGAUGGGUGGAAAGAUGGCGAAGAUAGGACAGUUGAUAAUAAUUGGCAAAGAAAAAGCAGAAGUGAAGAAAUACAAAGCUAUGAAGACUAUCGUAGGAAACUUCGACAAAGAGAGUUGGAGAAGGCAUACUCAAAUCAAUAUGGAGCUUCAAUCAAUGGGAAUGAAAUGACGUCAGAUAAAGAUGAUAACCGUAACUAUGACUAUGAAUUUAACCGAAGUUUAGAAGGAAAAUACGAAGUAGCUGCAUAUCAAGCCACCAACAGUAUUAAUGAGUAUAAACAAAAGGCAAACGAGUUUUCUAAUGGUGUUCAAAAAUCGAGAGAAGAUUCUUCGUGGGUCAAGGUACCAGUGUACUUGAAACAACCGAAAAGGGAAGAAUCUGCUGGAAGAAGCAUCACUCCAGAAGGCAGUUUCAAACACCUCGAAACUCAAGGGGGAUCUAUGAUGCAUGAAGGGUCGAAGCUAAUCGAGGAAACAAUCACUAAGGUUGAGUCCGCUUUUGCGACCACCAAACCAGCACCGAAACGGGUUGUGAGCAAACGAAGUAAUGAGAAGUCAAAAUCGAGCAAAAUUAGUAAAGAAUUUGUAAGAAGGUCACCCGGAACAGUUAUGUAUCUUGAUGAACUUGCUGAGUAUGAUUCAGAUAGCUCAUAUGACGUGCCUGUGCCAAGACGAACCAAAUCGCUUAGGAAGCCAAGGCCAAAGUCGGACGUUUUUCCUAACAAACACACGGAUGUGGAUAUCUUUGAAGGAAGUAGAGCCGUAAAUGACAGUGCUUUUCGACGAAAUCGCUCUCUGAGGUUACCAAGAAAAACAAAGGAUGAUAUGUUCUCUGUUGAUAUCUCCUUUGAAAACGAAUCCCAAGAUGAUUCUGCGAUAGUAUUGCAUUCAGAAUAUUCACAUUCAACUCCAAAACAUCAGAGCUCUUUUCAAUCGGCUUUCGUGCAGUCAGAUGCUGCUUAUUGCAACUACUCUUACUCUGGUAGUGAGGAGCAGAAAUGUCAGCACCAUCAACCGCAGCGUAGCCAAGCAGACGGGUUUACAAGGGCACGUUUUCAAAGUGAGACUGGAACCUCGACUACAAGAUCAUCUGGAAGAAGAUCUAAAUCUCCAGGCGGAUUUUCAUGCGAAAUGUGCAGAGAGAUGAGCAGAAAGAAGAGCUCUCAAGAAAAGUAUUGCUGGGAAAAGUAUUUUCCGAUUGGUGAGACUACAGUUGAAACAAGAAUCAUCAAAGAGGAUUAUGUUUAGCAACUUACGAGCGCAUUUUGGAGUUUAAGCACGACUUUUGGUGCAUCUUGAGGGGACCGUUUUCUGGUGAUAAAAAAGAAAGCAAACGGAGGGAACUGACCCUAGCAAGAUUGAAUAACAAACUUUUUGGCCGGUGAUUGAAUCACAAACUUUUCAAGUAAUUUUUUUAACCUUUAACCAAAAUCAAAGGUAUCAUUUCAGCUGUAAUUUAAAUGUCUUAGCAGAUAUAUCUAAUCAAAAACGGUGAUUCAAGCUAAUUUAUUCCACUUAAUGGUAUCAUCUGUAUAUUUUAAUGUAUAAAUUUGCAUUAGGGUAUUGUGGUAUUUUUAUAUAGUAUGUUUGUUUGCGUGUACAUCAAAGGCGUGUACAUCUCUGCCUCUGAUGCAUCAAGCACUUUAUGGCAGACCAGUAAAAAGUAAUAUUCAUUACCAAUGUAAAUGAGAAAUUAUGUUGCUUAUUGUGCCAAGAGGCUAAUUUACAGGAAAAUCACGAGAUUAGCAUGCUGGCAGGGAUACCAAGCGUAGGGGGAAUCUAAGGUUGCUAUUACAUUCUAUGAGCUAACUGAUACUACAAGAAUUUUCUUUCACUCGUUAUUAAUUUUUUCCUACCUCAAAGAUAAUUAUAUUUCUUCAACUUUUUAGAAGUAUUAUGCAUGCUAGGCCCUUCUCACUAGAAUUAGGAAUUGAAACCAGCAGAAUUCAUUUUGCAAGAGGCACAAUUGUCUUUUUCUGUCUAUAUAUCUUGUCACUUUUCAGCCCUGCUGCCCUUAGACUAUUUGAGUCCAAUGCUGUUAAAUGUUGGAUCUGCAAUGCUGCAAAGCAAAAGAUUCUGGUGACCAGUCGUUUGUACCCUGGGUACCAAAGCCGCAUACAUCCGAGAGUGGAAACAGAAGAUAGGAGUGGAAAAGCGGUAGCUUGAUGUAUUAAAUUUUACGGUACCCUGCAUAAACGAGGGAUUUAGACUUUUAAGCGUUUUAAAGAUCUCCAUUCAAUGGAUCUUCAUACAAGAAUAAUUUCAUUGUUGCAUUUAAAUUCCUAUUUGGCUUAGGAGGUAACUCACUAUAUGUGUGCGAUCCUGUUGUAUAUGAAGAGUUUCAAGACAGGUUCUUGUGCUUUUUCAAUAUUUUGCGAAGGCUCACACGCGGGAAAACCUCAAAUCAAGAAAAAAUAGUUAAAGUUUGAGUGUACGAUAAAUUAUUUUUCUUUUAAAAGGACAAAAGAUUUUAGCUGUUUUAAAACUAGCUGAAUUGCAGCUUUUGUGCAAAAAGAAAUGGUUCUUCAAUAUCGAGCAUACAGUCGAGUGUAGUAAUGUCACAUUUUUUACGGACUUGACUUUGGCAUCCUGAAUGUUCAGGUUUGUUCCUAAAUAUUUAUGUUAUAGAAAUAUUUAGGUCCACUGGUAUGUUUCUAUUUUACUUUAUAAUAAAAGACCCAUAAGUUGAAAGUAGCCUGGAGCACAGACUGCACAAUACAUCAUUUAUGUACACUUUAAAAAGAAUAGGAUCAAGGAAAGAGCCUCACUGCACCCUGAAAGCAUUGUCUGGUAAGAGCUGCAAGUGUUAUUUAUACGAACUAAUUCUUUACGUAAUUUUAUGUAAGAACCAAUGUAGACGAACGCAUCUUCAUUGAACCUAUAAGGACAGAGUUUAGAGACGAGCAAAUCAUGUGAAAAGAGUCCAUUAGAAUAGCGCAUAUAAUGCAGUCAUUGUCAAGUUUCAAUCUGCGAUUCUCAGUCAAACAUAUAAUUGUUAAUGAUUAAUACUAUGUUCCAUAUACCUUCCUAUAUGCUGCUAUGAAGAUUUAGGAGACUCCAUCAUUAUUGGAGAUGAGCUGCUGAUUUUGCUGUAAUUUUUCAUAUGCUUUAGAGAAGGUAUUGAGAACGCUAAAUAGCUGAUCAAAACUUCUUUUCAGCAGGAAGGUCGCAUUCUCCUUUGUACAAUGGGUAUACAACCGUAUGUUCUUCAUUGUCUUGAAAUCUAUGGUUGCAAGUUAUUCGGUUGAUAGAAUGUAGUAAAGGCGCAGUAACCUAAUUUUCUGUCAAGGACACAAGUUAUGGUGGUACAACAUAUACACUCUUUUACUUCCUAACAUUAAGAGUUUUCAGUACCUCUAAAACCUCUUGACUCUGGACUUAUUGAAAGAGAAGGAUUGAAAACAUCUUCAGAAUAUUUGAUUAUUGCUAAGAAAAUAGGAUUCUUGAAGCGAUGAUGAAGUGGUGUGGUCAGCUUUUAGUGUACAUCGGAACGGCGAUCAAUGCAGUCACUAAAUAAAUCCAUCCUUGACUAUCGUGUCAUUUCCAAACCCAGCGAGUCUUAUUUUACGUGCAGAGAACACGGAGCCAGAGAGAGAGACAGUGUGUUGCUUGCUUACGUUACUGUGGUUACGAAGACAAUGGAAAGUGUUAAUGACAUGAUUACAAUGGGAAACAUGAAUACGUUUAACAAUGGUCACUACAAGCUCUUGACAAUAUAAUAUAUGACUGUGGUAUAUUUCUUGAUUUGAAAAAGGCAUUUUAUACUGUCAAUUGCAAUAUUUUGCUAUCGAAACUAGAACACUAUGGUAUCAGAGAAAAUGUUCUCAGAUAGUUUGAUUCCUGUCUAUUAGAUAGGAUCAAAUUAAUGGUACUAACUCUGAUUGUAUGAAUGUUACUUGUGGUGUACUUCAGGGAUCAGAACUCGGACCUCUUCUUUUCCUAAUUUUUAUGAACGACUUUCCAAACGCCUCAAGAAAAUUGAAGUUUUAUCUCUUUGCUGAUGAUAGUAAUAUUUACUAUGAUACUUGAACUCUCGAUGAAUUUGUUAAAAAAGUAGAAAUUCAAUUUAGACAAAAAUAAAUAUUUAUUCUUCCAUUCUACCAACUAAUUGAUACGGCCAGACACUACAACUGAAACAGGGGAAAACUCAUCAGCAGAGUCAAAAUGUUAUGUUUCUAGGUUUUCUGCUUGCCAAAAAUCUAGACUGGAAGAAUCAUGACAGCGAACUUUAAAAAAAUGGCAUUCUUUUUAGAACUUGAAAUAUUGUAUCACUGUCUAGGAACAAACAUUAUCCUCAUACCUGAACCUCUAGCCAAUAUUCAAACUGCAAAUAAAGCUGUCAGAGCUAUUUCGCAUUAAACUUUUCUUUCUCCUUCUCUUCCCAUUUUGAAGAAGGUCUUACCUUUGAGACUUCCACAUAUUUUACAGCUGAGACUAUAAACAUUUGUUUAUAAAUUAUUUAAAAAUAACUCCCUCCUGCCUUCAUGAUUCCUUCUUUCAAUACAAAUAUUCAACAACACUCUACUCAGCAAUUUAGUCGCGGUAGUUUUUUACUAAUAAAAAUAGCUUUCAAUAAGGCCUGAAGUCUAUUCGAUACAUGGGGGCAAAAUUGUGAGAUGUACUACCAUUAGAAAUCAGAAAUUCGCCUUCAAAAUAUUCAUUUUUAAAAAAUCUUGUAAUUGUUUUACCAACUAAUGAUGAUUUCUUCAAAUUAGUCUACAUUUUGCUUUUAUCUGUUGUUGACUCAAAACAACUCACAGGCAAUUUCAUACUUCUGGCACAACAAAU